GAUCCUGAAGAAAGGAGCACAACUACAUACCAAGUUUCUCCCCGAACAACAAGAGCCAUGGCAAGAAGUAAACAGUUCAGCACCAUAGAAAAUCCCAUCGUCCACAGUAAUGAGUUGGAGAGUUUUCAUCAGGGAGUAAACUAUUCAUCUUUUUGCUCACAUGAUACCAUCGAAGCAAAUAUUCCACCUUAUUUUCAAACUUCAUCUCAGUCAUCUGCCAGUGUACAUCCUAACUCUAUCAGCACCAGCACAUCUGCUACAAACUUCAACCCCUCCUCCACCAGUGAGGUCUGCCAAGAUGAAACUACAGCACACGCAAGUGCCAACUACUCAACUUAUUUGUCAGUGAUGUCAAAUGUUUCUGAUCUGUCUUCUGAAGAUGAGGAAAUGAAUCAUGCCAUUUUGGCCAGUAUUGAAACUCACUUGUCUGAAACUUCUUCCAAGACCUUGCAUGUGAAGGACAUUCUUGAAGAUUUGUCCAAAAAAAUUGACAAUGGAAUGAACUGCAAAUUUAAUGUCAAUCGUUCUGCAGUUUUAGAUGGUGCCAUACGUGGAUUUAAGAGGGUAACAUACAAUCCACAUUUCUCAAUGAAUGUGAAAUUUUCGGAUGAUUUCGGAAGAAAUGAAGAGGCAGUUGAUUUGGGUGGCCCACGGAGAGAAUUUCUGCGUCUUCUCAUUGAUGCUUUGUCCAUAUCUCCAAUGUUUGAAGGCCCAGAUGAUUGCAAAAAUUUAGCAAUGAAUAGUACAGCCCUCAGGGAGGACAAAUACUUUAUGGCUGGAAGGGCAAUAGCUGUUAGCCUUGUCCAUGGAGGUCCAGCCCCACGUUUCCUUUCUCCAGUCCUUUUCUCUUGCUUGGUUGGAGGUCCAAAUGCAGCUUGCCCUACUUUGAAGGACAUCACUGAUGCAGAACUCCAUGAGAAACUGAAAAAAGUGUCUGAAAGUUUGACUGUGGAAGAGCUUCAAAGAGCCACAGAUCCCCUUUUCGACUACAUGGCCAGCGCAGGUUGCAUCAGACGCUUAACUACUAUCCGUGAUCGAGAUCUCCUCCUGCAUGAUCUGCUGAUGUUUCAUGUUGUUCACCGUGUCCAGGGCCCUUUUCAAAGGUUUGAAGAAGGACUCAAGACACUUGGAGUUUUGGAUGCUGUUAAGCAACAUCCAGACAGUUUUCAGUCUUUGUUCUGCUAUGAACCCCAGCAAUUAACUGCUGACAUGGUGGAUGACCUUUUCACCCCUCGACUUGCUCCGGAAGGAAGUAACAGGAGAAGAGUGGAAGAGGCAGUCAUUCCUUUGUGGAGAGAUUAUCUGCAGGAUGCAGAAGAUGAAGGAUCAUCCAAGCUUGAAAACAUCCUUGUUUUUGCAACUGGAGCAAAGGAGAUACCACCAAUUGGCUUUUCUCCAGCACCAUCCAUUGAGUUUCUCCAUGAAAGCAGUGAAGAAUGUUCCUCCAAAAGAAUGCUGCCCAUGGCGAACACCUGUGUAAACUGCUUGAAACUCCCGAUCAUAACUUCUUAUGAAGUGUUUAAGGAAAACAUGGACUAUGCCUUAGGGAACACACAGGGAUUUGGGAGAUUG